GCUGGUAUACAGGCAAUACUGCUUCUCUAAGAAUUCCACAAUAACAGAGAUUGAAGACGUUGCUGAGGAUCACUUUUUAACUCAAUUCAUACGCCUCAAUAUCCACAGUGGAGAUUACUGGAUCGGAGGUAUAAAGUCAAUGAAUACUUGGAUAUGGGCGUCAUUACAAACAUCUAUAAGUCACUAUACUGGCUGGAGUGUAGGGGAGCCGAAUAACAAACUUCACGACGAAAGCUGUAUUGAGCUAAAUCAUAUGAAACACUAUCAAUGGAAUGAUGAAAGAUGCACUGAACAUAACUAUUUCAUCUGUGAGCAACCAGAUGCUUCGCAUAUUAAUAUUAACAAGCCUAACAUACCACAUGUACCGACCACAACAAAAAACUGGCUCACUUUGCAAACUUCUACCACUAAGCCUCCUUAUGUACCACCUAUCAAUUCAACACCAGCAAUCACAACGGUCAUUUCGUCUACCACACCACCAACUACCACAAACUCCGAAGCUCCACCUACCACAAAGCGCCUACAAUUUGUAACACUGCCACGAAACCAACAAAACUCUCUGCACAUGAAUGGUUCAAACCCUCAACAAAUUGUCGGUUAAAACGAAAAACCAAAUUCCAUGUCUCUUUCUUUAAUAAAUGAAAAUUAAUAAAUCAAGAAAGUAAUG